UCCUUUAUAAAUAGGGAUCUUCAUCACUCCAAUUGAAAUGUGAAGACUGAAGAGCAUUGAUUCAGGCAUGGCAAGCUCCACUUUACUUGCUAUUCUUAAACUUCUUAUGAUUCUCAUAUGUGCAGGUUGGGUUGCUCUUUGGAUUCUAAAGCCUACCCAAAUAUGGACAAGAAAAUGGAAAGUUGCAGAAGAAAGUGCCAAUAAUACAAUUUUUGGGUACUAUGGUCUUAACUUUGCUGUGUAUACAUUUCCAAUAAUUGCUGUUUGUAUAAUUGGACUUCUUUUCUUGGAUUUGAAAGCUGCAAAUCAAAGAAGCAGAAGUUCACGGACCUCAUCAAUUAUCAGCUCAAGUCCACUGGUAGUGAACAGUUUUCUAGGAAUCUUAUCCAGUAUUGAAAUACUGGUAAUUUUGCUGUUUAUACUCUUUCUAGCAUGGACUUAUUACACUCACAUUUCUAAAGACUUCAAGAAGUUGUUACCAGACAAAUCCCUCAAGUUGAACCUAUGGCAACUCAAGUAUCUCAGAAUAGCAACCCGGUUUGGGUUGCUGGCCGAAGCCUGCCUUGCUUUGCUUCUUCUUCCUAUCUUAAGGGGAUUGGCUCUCUUUCGCAUACUCGGCAUCCAAUUCGAAGCUUCAGUCAGAUAUCACACCUGGCUUGGAACUGCAAUGAUAUUUUUCGCUGCAAUACACGGCGCAAGCACUUGCUUUGUCUGGGGUGUCAGCCACCAUAUACAGAAAGAAAUUUGGAAGUGGCAAAACACAGGACGAAUAUACCUCGCAGGAGCGAUUACACUUGUCACCGGGCUAGUUAUCUAUGUCACUUCACUUCCACAAAUCAGAAGGAUGAAGUUUGAAAUCUUCUACUACACACAUCAUCUCUACACAAUCUUUCUAGUGUUCUUCUUGUUCCAUGGUGGGGAUAGGCACUUCUAUACAGUCUUCGGAGGACUAUUUCUUUUCAGCCUCGACAAACUACUCCGCGUCAUACAAUCGAGUCCAAGAACCUGCAUGGUUUCGGCUAGAACUUUCCCAUCCAAAGCUGUGGAAAUAGUUCUGCCUAAAGAUCCGUGGCUGAAGUAUAUGCCUACAAGUGUUAUAUUUAUGAAGAUACCAGCAAUAUCACAUCUUCAGUGGCAUUCUUUCAGCAUAAUAUCAAGUUCCAGGGCUGAAAACCAAACCAUGUCUGUAAUAAUCAAAUCUGAAGGGUGGUGGACCAAUUCUCUUUAUGAUCUGAUACAGGCUGAGAUUGAAAAAGGUGCUGAUAAGAGGAAGGGUAUACCUGUUGCAAUUGAAGGACCUUAUGGACCUGCUUCAUUAGACUUCUUAAAAUAUGACAGUCUACUCCUGGUUGCUGGAGGAAGUGGAAUAACCCCAUUUCUGAGCAUUUUGGAAGAACUCAAUUCAUCUAGCAGCAAAAGUAGAUAUCCUUCAAGAAUUCAUCUUGUGUAUGUCAUCAAGAAGGCACAGGACUUUUGUCUAUUACAUCCAAUCUCACAUCUUUUGGUCAACCAUUCAACUGAAAACUGCCAUUUUAAUCUGAAGUUGUUUGUGACUCAAGAAACACAAGCAGGGGUUGGAAUCAAAGAGCUACUGAAUGAAUUCUCAAAAGUAAGAACCCUGCAACUGGACAUGGUAUGUGCAAAUUACGCCGUACACGGGCCUGAGAGUCCGUCUUGCAUGGCCGCCAUCGUAGGAAUGAGCUCCAUCAUUUUUCUUAUUUUUCUUAUCUGUUUCAACCAUGUUUUAAUUCCAUCUGGGAAGCAUUCGAAUUCGUCGAAGCAAAAGGCUCCCUCUUGGAUUGUGGACCUGCUUCUUAUAGCUGCUUUUGUCCUAGCUUUAGCAUGCAACGGCUUGGUAGCGAUUCUUCUUAGAUGGAGAAGGCUGAAGAAAGGGAUUCAACCAAUCUCUGAGAAAGACAUGAAGCCCCUUGAUCUAAGCUCAGCUGAAAUUAGGAAUGCUCUUGAAGAACAUGAAGUCCACUUCGGUGGAAGGCCUAACUUUAAAGAUAUAUUUGGCAUGUUCCAAGAAGAAACUUGUGGAUCGAAUAUUGGAGUGUUGGUGUGUGGACCGGAGAGCAUGAAGGAAUCGGUGGCGGCUGCAUGCCGGAAGGAGUCCAAUUGUUUCAAGUUUGGUGGUGAAAAAAGAACAGAGCCAUGCUUCACUUUCCACUCCCUCAACUUCACGCUUUAGUAAUCUAAACUGCGCAAGUAAAAGUAGUCGCAUACACACUCUCUUGAUAUCUUUCAAGCCAUGCAUUUCUCAGUUAGCUUUCUGAGUAAACCAAAACAAGCACUAUCUGAUUUUGGCAAUAAUGUAAGCAUUAUGUUGUUCGUGUUCAUUUGAUAGAUAUAUAAUGUACAUCUCAAUGUAUCAAAAUGUCUAAAAAAUAUUGCAAUGAAAAAUAUCCUUCUUUA